GUGGGCGGGCUCCGCUUAGAAAAUUAUAAGGUCAUUUGAAUUACGCCUGCUUGUGAACUAACCGUUGACAAUGAAUCGAAGAAUAAUAUAAUUUGCUGCGAUCCUGAUGAUGAUCGUGGGGUCAAAGUCGACGCGCUUCGCUCGGACAUUUUCUCAGCCGCAGCAGCGGGAGGUCGUUGCGGGGCUGACCACAGGAGGAGAGCCCAGUGCGAGCGUCUGCCUGGGUGCGUUUCUCUGAAUCUCUAUCUCGCCGGAGGGACCGACCAGGCUGGCCUGUAAGCCGAUCAAGGUGGAAUCUCCUACGAGUUUCACAUUCGGAUCGCUGAGCACCUACAUGUUGUAGCAGUGAGAGGAAGGGGGGCAAGGAUGAUGCGUCUGGCAUGUUGCACAGUCAUGCUGUUUGUGUUGAGGCUGCUGGUGGGCCUGCCUUGGUACCAGGUUCUUCCAGCCAUCCUGAUCUUCUACCUUGGAAGUGGAGGAUGGAGCUUUCUGGAUAUUUUUCUCAAAACAAUUGGCAGAGAUCUACAUGCUGCCUACGUCCUACUGCGCGUGAAGCUGAACGUCAACCGACAUGUCAGAGAGAAGAACACUCUUCCGAAGAUCUUUGCGGAAACUGUGCAGCGCUAUGGCGACAAAACUGCUCUCAUCUUUGAGGGGACCGGAGAGAGGUGGACUUUCCGACAGUUGGAUGAAUACUCCAACCGAGUGGCUAACCUGCUGCUGGAUCGUGGCUUUAAGGAAGGCGAUGUGGUGGCCCUUUUUAUGGAGAACAGAUCCCAGUAUGUGGGCCUCUGGCUGGGAAUGGCUAAAAUCGGAGUUGAAGCUGCUCUCAUCAACUUCAACUUGAGACUAGAUGCUCUGGUCCACUGUGUUACCAUCUCCAAUGCCAAGGCCGUGGUGUUUGGUUCAGAGCUUUCUGAUGCGGUGUCAGAGGUCCACAGUUUGAUGAGGAAGGCGGUUCUGAUGUUUUGCUCUGGAGACUGGGACCCCAAACGAGUACCGCAGGGAACAGAGUGCCUGGAACCCCUGCUGGAUGGCUCCUCGUCUCGCCUGCCUCCAAGGCCAGAUCGCUGCUUCACAGAUCGGCUGUUUUACAUCUACACAUCAGGAACCACAGGAAUGCCUAAAGCUGCCAUUGUUGUGCACAGCAGAUACUACCGUAUGGCUGCUUUGGUAUAUUACGGCUUUAGGAUGACACCAGACGAUGUCCUCUAUGACUGUCUCCCGCUCUAUCACUCUGCAGGGAACAUUGUGGGAGUGGGACAGUGCCUAAUACAUGGAAUGACGGUGGUCAUCAGAAAGAAGUUCUCUGCAUCCCGUUUCUGGGAUGACUGUGUCAAAUAUAACUGCACUAUUGUGCAGUACAUCGGAGAGAUUUGUCGAUAUCUACUAAACCAACCAGUUCGAGACUCUGAACGUCAGCAUCGGGUGCGCAUGGCGCUGGGGAACGGCCUGCGCCAGUCCAUAUGGGAGGAAUUCAUGAAGCGCUACAAUGUCCCACAAAUUGCAGAGUUUUACGGAGCCACAGAGUGCAACUGCAGCUUGGGCAACUUUGGAAACAAGGUUGGCGCAUGUGGCUUUAACAGCCAGAUUCUGCCCUUCGUCUAUCCCAUCAGGCUGGUGAGGGUUGAUGAAGAGACCAUGGAGCUCAUACGAGGACCUGAUGGUGUCUGCAUUCCUUGUAAACCUGGCGAGCCUGGCCAGCUGGUUGGGAAGAUCAUUCAGAACGAUCCCCUUCGAAGGUUUGAUGGCUAUGUUAACGAAACGGCAACGAGCAAGAAGAUCGCAAAUAGUGUCUUCAAGAAGGGCGAUAGCGCCUAUCUUUCUGGUGAUGUUCUGAUCAUGGAUAAGUACGGCCAUAUGUACUUCAAGGACCGAACAGGGGACACUUUCCGGUGGAAAGGAGAGAACGUCUCAACGACCGAGGUGGAAGGAACCUUGAGCAGGCUGCUUGAGAUGAAAGAUGUGGUUGUUUAUGGAGUAGAAAUCCCAGGAGCAGAAGGAAAAGCUGGAAUGGCAGCCGUCGCUGAUCCGUCCCAAUCCACCGACCUGGAGAAGUUGUUUAAGGACAUGGAGAAAGUUCUCCCUCCGUAUGCCAGACCUGUGUUUCUUCGCUUUCUUCCAGAAGUUAACAAGACAGGAACAUUUAAAUUCCAGAAGACAGAGUUGCGUCAUGAUGGUUUUAAUCCCACUGCUGUGUCAGACAAACUGUUCUUCCUGGAUUCCAGCAGAGGGCGCUAUAUACAGCUGGACGAAGAGCUUUACCGUUCCAUAGUGUCGGGGAAGCACAAAUUGUGACGGCCUGACAGACCACUACAUCAACUUGACACUGACAUGCAGACCUGUUUCAAUAAAGAAAAAAGGACAACAUUGCCUGCCCAGGUUAGCGGAAGAUAUACAUUGAUGCUAAUGUAAGAGCCAUACGCUUCCGAAGGCCAAUGCACACACACAUACGCUCAAACCUACUUUGCUCAUUAAAGUUCUAAAAAAAGCAAAACAAAACAAAAAAAAAAAAGAGAUAUAUGGACAGCACACUCGAAAGGAUAUGCUCUGCUCCAUCCAUCCCGGCUGAAAUCUCCCCGGCAACCCCUCUCGCUACCUCAGCAGACAAAGAGAGAGGCACCAACCACAGAAACCAGGUUCUUUCUGGAACUUCAAACACCGACCUUGAAGACCCCUUACCAACAUGCUUUCCCAGCAAGAAAUGAGGCACACAGGCUGCCUGGAAUCCAGAAUGCAACAACUUUCAACUACAGAUUUAACACAAACAUAAAAGGGUACUGAAGAGAACUGUGAAACCAGUCCUGCAUAUAAAGUGUGCGGAACAACGAAGGGACCUUUGUGCACCUAAGUUAUCUCUGUUCAUGUUAUCAUGUUAUGUUAUAGUGAGAUUAUCUUGUGAAAGAUGGCACCUCUGCUUUUGACUUAACCUGCACAACUGGCCAGAAAAUGACGAACCAUAAUCUCCCAAACCAUCUGAAGUUCAGGUUACCUGAAACAUUGGUCAUUCCGAUCUUGUUGCUCUCCAAAGCAUCCGUGCAUUUCUACUAAAAGGGAACAAUUUACGAGCAGCUGGAAACGACACACGUUCAAUAAGACCAGUGGUUGCAGCUUUAACGUGCAAUAAUGUCCAGCAUCUGCAGUGCAAUAAUCAGCUGCAAGCCAUCAGAACUUUGUUUUUAUUUAUUUAUUAAAAUUUGUCAGCAACAUACCAAAUAUUUUAAGUUGAUGUUUACAUAUUUUAGAUUAUAGAACUUGUAUUUUGUCCUUUUUUUAUGCUGUAUGUACUUCCAAAUCCAUCCUACAUCAGCAUGUGGAGUUCAUCAAAGCAAAGCUGUUGAACCCAUUUUAUAUUGGCUGCUGGAACACAAAGUAAAGCAACAGCAUAAAGUCAACCCAGGGCUAAAUAUCGCUUUUUUUCUGGUUUGCAUGUUGAACUCUCAUGGUUAUGUGGCCAAAUUGUGCAGGUUUUGUCUGAAUAGGUAGACUUUGCUCAUCUUGGGAUGGGUGUGUGUGUGUACGUUGGUUUGUUUUGUUUGUGUGCACCUGAAGCAUAUGAAAAUGGACUUGACAGAAGGAUUUCCUGAUGAGUGCUUAAGAGGGAGAUUCUGCAACGUCCAGGAGAGCUGACUGACCAAAAACAAUUCAAAACCGAACAGGGAAUAAUUGAACAGGAAGUGAAAUCGUAGAAGAGAAGUCAGAAGUUUACUUAUGUUCACUAUGUUUAAUUUUGGGCUUUUUAUUAUUUAUGUAAGCUACUCAUUUUCCAGUUUGGAUUGGUUAUGCAACAUAAAACUUGAAUGAACAAGCAUUGGGUGUGCAAAUAGUUGACUUUAUGACAAAUUGUCUAAUCAGCACAAAGUCAGAGGUAUAGCUAUACAUACUCAUGUAACUCCAUUAAUAUUUAGUUACGUAUCCCUUUGCAAUUUUCAGCUUAAUCACACACUUCCUGUAACAAUCAACAAGAUUCUGGCAUUAUUCAGACUGAAUAUUUAACCAAAUUUUAUUUAAAUAGUUUGGCAACUGGAAUGAACCCAGUUUUUCAGCUUUGUUUAUACAUUUUCUAGAAGGUUGAGGUUUGGAGUAGAGGAUGGCAUGGUGGUGGCAGAAUCAUGCUUGGAAAAAGAAAAUGAAGAUUUGGCUCUCAGAUGAUCAUUAUAGCUGUUUAAAAGUUGGACUCCAUUCAGUAUUCAAACUGCCAGAUGUUUGUUGAUGGCAGCGAUAGGCAUAUAUUUGAAUCUGUGAAAUUUUGAACUGGUGACAUUUGAAUCUAAUUCUUGUUUCUAAAAAUUAUUGAACGGAACAGUUCAAAUAAAAAUGCAUUGAAAAAAUAAUGUAAUUUGAUCCAAUGAUGAUUGUACGUAAACUUCUGACCAGAACUGUUCUUUCUCGUUAGUGUUGAUGAAUGAGCAUCAUAGAUCAUGCGCAGAGCACUGCCUUACUGUGAGUUCACCUCCCAGACACACAGGCCCUGGCCCUCAUCUUAAUCUGACGUUUCAGCAUUUCUUACUUAUUUCAGCUUCGGUUUGUUCUCCAUCAUAACAACUUGACUACAUAGGAUCAUAAGAUUUUCUUAAGAUCUGCAAAAACCAAGUGGGUAGGAGUAGGAAGAAUUUAUUUCCUAAUACACUCCUUUAAGAUUUUAUUCCUACCUUGAACUUAGUGUGGGUUUGCCGUGUUCGUUUACCAUCCGACCUUCUAAUAGCCAUGCCUUGUUUCCUGGUUUUUUUUGUCUACUCUGUCCCAGUUGAACUCGUGUUGUUUCAGACGUUGAUUAAAAAUCGUCCCAGAUAUGAUUGGCUUGUUCAUGAUUUCUGGCGACAUUAAGAUUCACCUUUUGCUCAUUUGAGUUCUCUGCUGUUGCUCUGUAACCCUUGACCUUACAUUGCAUCCUGCAGUCACAUGCAGUACACCAAAGCAAGAUAUUAUUGUUUUCAGGAUGUUGAUGCUGCAUGCAUUGAAGCAUGUUUUCUUGGUUCAUACUUUGCAUUUGCUGGCAUAGGAAAUCUUCUGUCAUUUUUUUUCACCCAUUGUUUCUUUGUCGUUUGGGGGAGAAAAGUCCAACAGAGGCGUUCACGAGGUCCAGCUCCGUUCUAGCCUCCGUUGUCUCUCUCGCUACUGAAUUUCUUUAAUGAUGAGUGUAAAAUGUUCACAUGAAUGUGUUUGAGGGGAAAAAAUGAACAAAUGUUGUGAGGUGAAUUAUAAUUUGUGUGUCUGUUUGGCUAUUAUGAUGCUUCUGAUUGGUGGUGGUUGCAGUUGUCAAUUCAUACCACCAGGGGGCGAGUGAUUAAACAGCCCCAGAACACUGCACUCUGAAGAAGAUGUCGUUUUCUUUUUUUAUAUAUUUUAAAAUUAGCUUAAAUUAUUUUAUUUUUGGAAGCCUGUCAAUUAUUCUUUGUCUAUUUUGGUGUGAAAUCUUGACUCUGUGAUUGUGGUCUAAAAAGGGGUUUAUGCUUGGAUGACAAUCGACUGAGCGGUUUAAAUUUUAACCCACCUCUGAGAUGCUCAAGGAAUGAUAAGAAAAUAAUUACUCACAGUCUGUUUGAUUUGUCAUCUCCAUGUUGGAAAAAUACAGAUGGAAAUUAGAGAUGUGGUGUUUUCUUAACACCACAAUUAAUUUAAAUUUAAUUUGUAAAAAUGAAUCUUACAAAAUAAACUUCAUUGUUCAAAUUUUCCUAAAAGAGUUUUGGGCUUGACAACUACAUUCAAACUUCUAAGAUUACAUUUUAUUUUCCCAGUAGUUUAAUGUUUUAUACACCGCAAAAAGAUGUAACUCUAAACUCUCAGUUAGGAACUUCAGUCAAUUAAACCCUAACUUUGUAAGUUAUAAAAUGUUAGAAAGCCUCAAAAGAAAUAAUUUCCAAUAUAAACUAAUUGAUCAAGAUUACUAGAGUCUCUGUGGAUUCACUAUUAAGUUGAAUGCCAUAAAGUUGAAUUAAACUUUGCUGAUGAAACAUGUUUUUAUGAUGCAUCUGUGUUCUCUGUGUCUCACCCUGCUUUUUUGCACAUUUUUUCCCCCGUUCAUUAAGGUGUUAGUAAAUCUGCCUCUCAGUGUUUCUGUUGCUUUUAUUUUACGGUGUUGUUGCCACUGCAGCAGUUCUCAGCCUGUGCAGAGUGUGUAGACAAGGUCUAAGAGGUGUGUAAAACACACACAGACAGUUUCUCUCCUUCCCACACAAGGCUAGUUGUGCACAUACUGUAUUAAAGGAAAGGGAGAUAGACACAGUGCUGCAAAUGGGAAAAUAAUUAUUAAUAAAACUAUUUACAUUGUUCACUUUGA